AUGGCUUCGGCUGACUCUCAUGGUUGGAAAAACCUGUUAAAGACCAGACGAAAGGUGGAAGUUCACAUCAAAUGGAGCAUUCAAAAUGGCUCAUCAAGCUUCUGGUGGGAUAAUUGGACGAGUGAUGGUCCACUUGCUCACCAGGUCCAAGGUAUCAGGAAAUCGCCCAAAACUCAGGUGAAGGAUUUUUUAACAAAUGGGCAAUGGGACAUCAACAGGUUAAACCAGGUUCUUCCUUCUCACAUCACUGAUUUUAUUUGUAGAAUUGAUAUAGGUAAUGAUGCGGAAGAUGAUUUCCCUAUUUGGACCUUGUCGGAUGAUGGAAAUGUUCCACAGGUGGAAUCCAUGCAACAUGUUUUCGUGGAAAGUGAAGCUGCAAAGCACAUUUGGAAGAAUAUUGGCAGCCCCUUGGGUAUUGUUCACCCAAGUGCACCUAUUGCGGCAAUUUUUAAGAAUUGGUGGGAUGCUAAAACAAAGAAUAAAAUUCAUGGCUUGGUUCUACAAGCUGCACCAACUCUUAUUUGCUGGGAAAUUUUGAAACAAAGAAGUUCAUGUAGAUAUGGCACACAAAGGAAAUUUCAUCUCAAUGUCAUGAAACACCAGGUGAUAUGGAACCUCAAAUCCAUAGUAACCAAGCUCAUGCCAAAUGGAGACACCCCACACCAUUGGCCUUCUCUUUGCUACAAAAUUGAAAGAUUGAAACCUGUCCAAACAUGGAGGCAAGUUCAGUGGCAUUCUCCGCUCCAUGGCAAGGUCAAAAUUAACACAGAUGAAUGUUACAUCAAGGAAAGUGGGAAAGCUGGUAUAGGAGGAAUCAUCAGAGAUGAGGAUGGAAACUGUAUCAUGGCAUUUGCAAUGUCGAUUGAUUGUGGCAGUCAUAACAUGGCCGAAGCUCGAGCUGCUGAGUUCGGAGGAAAAUGGUGUAACCAAUUAGGUUUAACUAAUUUUGUUCUCGAACUUGGCUCAAAUAUCAUAGUAAACAUGGUCAAUCAAGAUGGAAAGAAGAACAUGAAACUAAAGAUUGUGGUGGAUAGAAUUACAAGUUUGGUCCAGCAUGCAAAUGCAACAGUCCAACACUAUUAUAGAGAAGGCAACCAGGUAGCUGAUGCUUUAGCUAAAAUCGCCUCCAUCUCUGGCACGUUUGAUAUGCCAAUCCUUCGAACAACUUCCAGCGCCUUCAUUAUGGAUAAGUGGCAAAUGCUAGUAUCAGAACAAAAUAUGAGAAGAACAAUUUUUUUGUUAGUUGAAUUUGAUGUAUAUAUAGUUAUGACAGUAUAUUGGUAG